AUGAGUUAAGAGAAGAUUAAAAGAUAUAAGCAAGCAAUGUUUUAAUUAUAGAAAUCAAAGGUGAAAUCUGAAGAAAGGGUUAUCUUAAACACAUCUACAAAUUUUAAAGCAUAUUCUCCAUAAUAUUCUCCAUAGAUUAAUUCUAUUCUGAAUCAUAAUAAAUUAUCUCUGAAAAGAUCGCGAUCCUCUCAUAGAAUCGAAAAUAAUAAAAUCAAUAAUAAAAAGAAGGUUUCUAAAAAUGAAAUAAAUAAUUAAAAUCAACUUAAAGAAUUUGUUAAUGAGAGUCUUAAUUUGAUUUAAGAAAUGAAAAAAGAGAUUAAUCUUAAGUUUUUAAGAUAUUGUAAAGCCAACAAUACUGGAGCUUGUUUAGAAUUACUAGAACCUACUAUUGUUCAUUAGCUUUGUAAGUUAUUUAGUAUGAUAUUUUAGUAAACAUUUCUCCUUCGAUUCCAAUAAAUGGAGAUUUAAAGGCUAAUUUAAAUGUUUAAGAUGUUAAUUUAAAUACUGCAUUACAUAUAGCAGUGAAAAAUGAGAAUAUUUAACUAGUUUAAGCCUUAAUUUAUAAGUAAAUUAAUAUAGAGAUUGAAAAUUCAGAAAAGAUGACAUCGUUAAUACUGGCUAGUUAUCAGUAAAUUAUUUAUUUUAAUUAAAAAAAGUGGUAAUAUAGAAAUAUUCAAGAUAUUAAUUGAUGCUGGAGCCUAAAUUAAUCAUUAAGACAUGUAUGGUAAUAUGCCUUUACAUUAUGCUUGUAAAUUCAAUAGAAAAGAGAUUAUUAAAAUUAUAUUAAAUUUGUCAAAUGUGAUAUUUAAGUCAAAUAAUGAUUAGAAGUAUCCAGAUUAUUAUAUUCAUGAUUCUGAAAUGCUACAAUUAUACAAUUAAUAUUAAUUAGAACAUUAAAGUAAUUGGGUGAAAUUAAAGAUAGAGAAAAAAAUGAAAGAAAUUUAGAUAAAGCAUAUAUAUAUGGAAUAUUAUAGUAAAUCAAAUAAACUUAAGAUAAAUUUAUUUAAAUAAUAAUAAUAAUAAUAAUCUAAUAAUAAUAAUAUAUUGAUAGAUACUAAGAAAGAAAGUAAAUAAGUGAUUCAUAAUGAUAAAAGUAGUUAAAACAAAUAACAAAAAGGAAAUGCGAAUACUCCUUCAACGUUAGACUCAAUAAAAUAGUCUAAAAGAGAAGAUAAGAUAGGUCCAAAAUAAUUUUAAGUUUUGGGUUUAUUAGGGAAAGGUAGUUUUGGAGAAGUUUAUUUAGUGGAAAAAAAUAAAAAGUUGUAUGCAAUGAAAGUACUUAUUAAGAAGAUGCUUUUUGGUAAUUUAAUGAUAAAUAUGAAAGAAUAAAAUAUUUGUAGAUAUGCAAUGAGUGAAAGAAAUAUAUUAUCUGUAACGUGUCAUCCCUUUAUAGUGAGAUUAAGAUAUGCUUUUUAGACAGAGGAUAAAUUAUUUAUGAUAUUAGAUUAUUGUCCGGGAGGUGAUCUUGGAAUGCUACUUUGUAAAAUAAAGAGAUUUCCUGAAGAGUUAGUAAAACUGUAUGUAUGUGAAAUAAUAUUGGCAUUGGAGGAUCUUCAUAAUAGAGAUAUAGUAUUUCGUGAUUUAAAACCAGACAAUAUAUUGGUUGAUGGAGAUGGACAUGUUUUAUUAACAGAUUUUGGAUUAUCUAAAGAAGGAAUAGAGAGAUCCAAUAUUGGAACUAAAUCAUUUUGUGGUUCUGUUGCUUAUUUAGCUCCGGAGAUGUUAAAAAGAUAAGGUCAUGGUAAAGCUAUAGAUUGGUAUUUAUUGGGAGUAGUAAUGUAUGAAUUAUUGGUAGGAUUACCUCCUUAUUAUGCAGAUGAUAAAGAUACAUUAUUUUAUAAUAUAGAAAAUGCAAAUUUACAAAUUCCUUAAUUUAUAUCAAUAGAAUGCAGAAUUUUAUUAAAAUCAGUAAGAGAUAUAGAUAUUUUAAGUUAUUAGAGAGAAAUGCAAAUCGUCGUUUAGGUUCUGGUUAAGGAGAUUCAUAAGAAAUAAAGAAUCAUCCUUAUUUUUAAAAUAUUAAUUGGGAUUAAGUUUUAAGGAGAGAACUAUAAUUGCCUAAACCUGAUUAUAGUCUGAAAAUAAAGAGUAUAGGAGAUAGGGAUAUUUUUGAUUUAGAAAACUUUAUAGAAUUUGAACAUAAUCAUGUAAAUGGUUGGUCAUAUGUUCAAACAGAAUGA